AGUCAGUCUCCCAUAUCACUACUGUUUCUCAAAUUGUCACCAUCAAAUUGAAGGCAGUCGAGGAUUAUCUCACCUGGCGUACUCAGUUUGAAUCUUUCCUGGUGUCUCAAGGUCUCUUUGGAAUUGUUGAUGGCUCAAUUCAGGUACCCCCUAUGUACAAUGUUGAUUUUCAGAAUCGUCAAGUUCCAAACACAGAAUAUUAUUAUUGGCUCCGAGUAGAUCAAACAAUUCGAUGUUGGUUGUUUGCUACUCUAACCCGGGAUGUGCUAGUUGAUGUUCAUGAUUUAAAACAUUCCGCUGCUAUUUGGGCUAGACUUCAGACUAGAUUUAUGUCUGCCAGUCUACCCCGAUGCAUGGAACUUAAACGAUUACUGUCAUCUCUUAAAAAGAAAGAGACCCAAUCAAUGGAAAGUUAUUUAAGGGAAAUCAAGAAUUUAGUUGAUGCUCUAGCGGCAAUUAAUUCUCCUGUCUCGGAUAAAGAACUGCUUCAAUCUAUUCUCGCUGGUUUGGGACCGGAUUAUAAGUCUCUUGUUACUACGGUCUCUUUAUUUCCCGAGCAAUUUCCCUUCCACAUUUUGGAACCGCGUUUGCUAGAAGCAGAACAACAACUUCUGUCUGAGCGUCAACAGCAGGCAGCCAUUGGUCAUCAAGCAUUUGCGGUAGCUGCAGCUGGGGGGCAGCCACCGGCUGGAUAUGCUGCUCGCGGCAGGGGAGGCCGCGGCAGGGGACGCGGUCGCCAGGGCCGAGGUCGCGGCAGAGGUUAUCCACAACAGCCGUAUAGCUUUCAGCACCAGGCCGCGACGUCUUUUGGUGCACAGCAGCCGGCCGGACCUCAGCCAUCUCAUGGAGGAUCCCCGGCAGCCUCUGGUUCUGGCCAGCAGCAGGGAUUCGGACCGCAAGUUUUCUCACAACAUCCGGCUUCUAUUCAGGGGGUGCAAUCUACUCGCCCGGGCACUUCAGGUUUUUCAUCGGGUGAGGGCAUUCUUGGGUCUGUUCCACCGCCUGUUGUCUGUCAGCUUUGUUUCUCUGCAGGUCACUCUGCGCUUCAGUGUCCUUCUCGGUAUGCUCCACCGUCUGCGCCAGCUCUAUUGACUUCUAAUAAUGGUGACUCAAAUACUGCUUUAUGGUAUCCUGACUCUGGAGCUUCAGCUCAUAUGACUCCUACGGAAGGUAUUCUAGUUAAUAAAUCAAUUUACACUGGACCACUUUUAGUUAGUGUUGCUAAUGGCUCUAAACUUCCCAUUGCUAAUAUUGGAGAUGUUCAUUUAAAUUCUUCCAAUCGUCCUCUCACGCUAAAAUCUGUUUUUCAUGUGCCUCACAUUAAAUUUAAUUUGUUAUCUAUUCAAAAACUUUGUGCUGAUAACAACUGUGUCGUAAUUUUUGAUAAAAAUUCCUUUUUUGUUAAGGACAAAAUUUCGGGGAAGGUCCUUCUGGAAGCACCUAGUCAUGGUCAUCUCUAUCCAGUCAGCCUCCGUUCUCAGCCACCGUUUGCCUUGUCUUCUCUAGCUUUGUCUGGCCCCAUUUGGCAUCGUAGAUUAGGCCACUGUGGCACUUCUAUUUUACGUACUUUACAAAGUCAGCACCAUAUAUGUAGUAGCUCUAGUUUUUCUCAUGACUGUAUUUCUUGCCGAUUAGGCAAAUCUCAACGUUUACCCUUUAUGGAUGCUAGUCAUAAUUCUACUAUGCCUUUGCAAUUAAUUCAUUCUGAUGUUUGGCAAUCUCCUGUCUUAUCAAAUUUGGGUUUUAAAUAUUAUGUCUGUUUUAUUGAUGAUUUUUCUCGCUAUACUUGGUUAUACCCCAUGCGCACCAAGGCAGAAGUCUUUCUUCAUUUUAAAAAUUUUAAAGCUUUAGUUGAAAAUCUUUUUAAUACUAGAAUUAAAAUUUUUCAAAGUGAUGGAGGGGGUGAAUUUGUAAAUUCUAAUAUGCAGCAAUUUUUUGAUAUUCAGGGAAUUUAUUUUCGCAAAUCCUGUCCAGACACACCUCAACAAAAUGGGGUUGCUGAACGUAAACAUCGACAUCUACUAGAACUAACUAGGACUAUGCUUCUUGAAGCUUCUAUUCCUAGUCAAUUCUGGGUAGAUGCCAUUUUUACGGCUGCAUAUAUUAUUAACAGGCUGCCCUCUCCUUUACUCGGUCACUCUUCUCCAUAUGAAAGACUUUUUCAAAAAUCUCCGGAUUAUGCCUUCAUGCGUGUGUUUGGGUGCUCUUGUUUUCCCAAUAUUUCUGCCUCAUCCGCAAAUAAACUCUCAGCCCGUUCUGUUCAUUGUGUUUUUAUUGGUUAUGCAUCUGGCUAUAAAGGGUAUCGUUGUCUUGAACCUAAGUCAGGUAGAGUAUAUGUCAGUCGUCAUGUUAGAUUUUUUGAAAAUAUUUUUCCUUUCACCUCCUUACGAUCUUCUCCACCUGAGUCAACCUCCUCCAAUUCUACUUCUACUGUCAAUUCCGAUUUCUUCCUCACUAAUACUCUUAGGCCACAUAUACCCCAACCUCGCCUCACUCCCCAGGUUCCCUUAACAUCCUCCCUCCCUCUAUCAUACUCCUCUUCUUCUACACAUAGUCAAAAUCCACCCACGGUCAUCUGCUCUCCAGAAACACCUGCGACCAGCCCUAUUCACACACCUUCGGCUCUCCCAGCAAAUGACCAGAUCAGUCCACCACCCUCCCCACCCUCGGCCACCUCAGCCCACGACCAGUCUAGUCACCAGUCUUGUCCACCAUCCUCCCCACCCUCGGCCACUUCGGCCGGUUCAGCUUCCCCUCCUACCACCAGCCCACUUAUACCCCGAUUUAAUUUGCAUCCUAUGCAAACCCGAGCCAAGUCUGGUAUUUUUAAACCCAAAUCAAUUUUUACAUUAAACACAGUUGUUAGUGUAGCUGAUCCGACUUGUUUUUCUGAAGCACAAAAACAUUUAAUUUGGCGUGAGGCUAUGGCGGAUGAAUUUAAUGCACUUAUUUCCAAUAAUACUUGGGAUUUAGUUCCAUUUGAUAGCUCUAAAAAUGUGGUUGGGUCUAAAUGGAUUUAUAAAACUAAGUUUAACUCCGAUGGGUCUAUUGAGCGCCAUAAAGCACGUUUAGUUGCUCAACGAUUUAAUCAGCAGGCUGGCGUAGAUUUCUCUGAGACUUUUAGUCCUGUUGUUAAACCCACCACUGUUCGUAUUGUUCUUACUCUUGCUAUUUCUUUUGGGUGGGUUAUGCGUCAAUUAGAUGUCAAAAAUGCAUUCCUUCAUGGUCAUCUUACGGAAGAGGUCUAUAUGCGUCAGCCGCGGGGUUUUGUUCAUCCACAGUUUCCUCAUCAUAUGUGUCGUUUGCGAAAGGCCAUAUAUGGUCUCAAACAGGCCCCGCGGGCAUGGUUUCACCGUUUUAGUAGUUUCUUACUUACUCAUAAUUUUGUGUGUAGUAAGUCAGAUAAUUCUUUAUUUAUUUAUCGUCAAGGUCAGUCAGUUAUGUAUUUAUUAUUAUAUGUGGAUGAUAUUAUUAUUACUGGAAAUUCUUCAUCUCUUGUGUCCUCUUUUAUUACAUGUAUUGCUUCUCACUUUGCUAUGAAAGAUCUCGGUGAUCUUCAUUAUUUCUUGGGAGUCCAGGCUGUUCGAAAUUCUAAAGGAGUUUUCUUGUCUCAACAAAAAUAUGUUUCUGAUCUUCUCCUUCGUUUCCACUUACAUACUCUCAAGUCUGUUCGUACCCCAGUCGCCACUCGUACAUCUCUCUCCCUCACUGAUGGUGAACUUCUUGCUGAUGCUACGGAAUAUCGUAGUAUGGUAGGUGCAUUGCAGUAUUUAACUUUGACAAGACCUGAUAUUACUUAUGCAGUUCAUUUAGUGUCUCAGUUUAUGCAUGCCCCACGCACCACUCACAUGCUUGCUGUCAAGCGCAUAUUUCGUUAUUUGCAGGGUACCAUUGAUCAUGGAUUAUGGCUUCAAAAGUCAGCUCGUUCCUUGUGUAUUUUCGCCUACUCUGAUGCUGAUUGGGCAGGCUGUCCAGAUACUUCCCGCUCUACCACAGGUUUUGCUAUUUUUCUCGGUCCUAACCUGGUAUCUUGGAAAUCCAAGAAGCAACCUACGGUGUCCAAGUCUUCUACAGAGGCCGAAUACCGAGCCAUAGCAUACACAGUACAGGACACCCUUCACAUACGUUCGGUCCUAUUUGAGCUCGGUUACUCUAUCCGUGACCCUGUGCAUUUAUUUUGUGACAAUAUCUCAGCUUCCUAUUUGACUGCUAAUCCUGUUCAGCAUGCUCGCAGCAAGCAUAUUCAGAUUGAUUAUCAUUUUGUUCGUGAACGAGUUGCUCAUGGUGAUCUUUUGGUGAAGUAUGUUCCCACACACUUGCAACUUGCGGAUAUAUUUACUAAAGCUUUAUCUAGUCAGCAAUUUAAUUUCUUGAAAGACAACCUGCGCGUUGUAUCUCCCGCACAGCUUGAGGGGGUGUAAUAGUUAAUAUAAAUUAGGAAUCCUUGUGUUUUUUGGUAACUCUUAUUUAAUAUAAAUAUACCUGCCAGGACUCCUAUUGGAGUACCCUUUUCCUAUUA